AUGCCGGCCAGAACCAGCAAGCGGACAAAAGCCCGAGCGGAGGUGCUAUCUGCAAUCGACGAGCGAGAUGUGGACUUUGGUCAUCUAUGGCGUCAGCUCGAGCCGCACGUUGAAGGAGUGGACAUGCUUGUCGGCGAACAUACAGUACUAAGAUUUGCGCUGGAGCAUGGCAUAAUCGACGCUGACGAGAGCGGUGCAGGCGAAGACAGAGAGGGCGAGCGUGAAGGUGAUGAGCGAGAAGCGCCUGAAUAA